AAGGCCAGAGGCUGCUGUUGCUGUACUUCUGCUUAGAGUCGGUGUGUGCAGGUGUGGCUUUGGUGAAAGGGAUUUUUUUUUUUAAUGCAAAGGUAAAUUUAUCUUCAGGAAGCAUGGCAUGGACCAUUUUUACUAUGGAUUACAACCCAAAGGCAAUGAAAAGCUGGUGAGAACUUGCCCAUCUCUGAAAAUUUUCUGAUUUCUUGGGUCUGAUUUCUUUCUUUGGAGUUCAUUGGAUCGAGCUGUAAUCCGUCAGGAGAAAGGGCAGGUGUUGCGUUUCACUGUGGACUCUUUGAAGACUUUCUGGUGCGUCAUUAGAACUGCUUUAUUUAUUUACUGUACCCUUAGACAUUAACUUCCCAUUAACCUCAGUCUUUACUCAGCACCUGCUCUUUACUUUGCUUUAUUCUGUCUCUUCCAAAGUCGUGCUUCAAAGGAAUGGAAAGUCUUAAGAAACUGCUUGGUUUCCUUUAAGCUGCUUCUACGCUGCCAGAACUUAUUGCUCCUGCUGUGGUGUGUUUCACCGUCCCGCUCCAUAAGUAAACAGAAGAUAUUACAUGAGACGGAGAGGAACACCGGUUUAUUCUGGAGAUAACAGUCGAGAGAAACGACACACAGACAAGAGGGUAGAAAAGAUAAGCUGACGGGGGGGCAGUAACUUUGAGAACUCACAGGAGGACCGUUGCACUGGAACACACAGGUGAAUGAAUUCAAGGACGGCUUGUCUUGCUGAGACGUUUAAACAGCCGUGUGGGCUGAAGCUGUCUAAAAUAAAGGACGUUCAAGCGUUUUCAAGAGUCUAAAUUUUGGCAGGAGGGAAACAUCUCCACCAAUGGAUGACCAGGCUGUUAUCCAGGACAGUGUUGUUGCAGAAAGAUGGGAUCUUCUAGUCCACCAUGUGUCCCCACAGCAUGGCAGAAGGAGGACUGCUAGCUGUGGGAACAGAAUCGCAGGUGGACGAUGGCUCUCGAUAUUGACCAUCGUUCUCCCGAUAUGCAUGUUUGUGUGUGUCUGUGGGCAAAAGGAGGGGAUGAUGCACUCCAGCUUCCGCAGGCUAAGUGGCCGUGAGAAGAAGGAGAUGCAAAAGGAGAUUUUGUCCAUCCUGGGACUCCCGGGACGGCCUCGUCCACACCCGCCUCUGCGUCCUCCUUCAUCUGCUCCACUCUUCAUGCUGGACCUGUACCAUGCCGUGUCAGCCGAGGGGGACGAGGGCCUAGGUGUGGGCUUCAUCUCUGAGAGUGUCAAUCAUGCUGCGUUGCCCACCCUAAGCACACACACACCACCACUUGGCACGGUGGUCAGUGAGGCAGACACCGUCAUGAGCUUUGUCAACCUGGUGGAGCAUGAGAGAGAUCUACUCCAACCGCGGCCCUACUGGAAGGAGUUUCGUUUUGAUCUGACACCACUUCCUCAAGGAGAGACGGUCACUGCUGCAGAGUUCCGCAUCUAUAAAACCCUGACUAUGGGUCAGAGAGCUAACCGUACCCUCCACAUCUCCGUCUACGAGAUCCAGAGGGAAAGAAGAUACAGGGAACCUGAGCUCGUCUUGUUGGACAUGCAGUCAGUUCCAGCAGGGCAGGAGGGCUGGCUGGCCUUUGAUGUAACAUCUGCCAGCAACCACUGGCUCCUGCAACCACGAAGCAACCUGGGCAUCCGACUAUACGUGGAAACGGAGGAUGACCGCUCAUUAUCUGCUGGCUGGGUGGGUUUGGUGGGCCGCAGAGGGCCGCGUUCCAAACAGCCUUUCAUGGUGACGUUCUUCAGAGCCAGCCAGGCCCCCUGCCGCCCACCUCGUGCUCUCAGACACAACACACAGCGCAGGAAAAAACACAAAAAUGAUCUGCCUCACCCAAACAGACCAGGUUUAUUUGACCAAACUCCUGUGAGUAAUGGCCGACAGGCCUGUAUGAAGCAUGAGUUAUAUGUCAGCUUCAGUGACCUGGGUUGGAAGGAUUGGGUUUUGGCUCCUCCAGGUUACUCAGCAUAUUAUUGUGAUGGGGAAUGUGACUAUCCUCUUGGUUCCUGUAUGAACGCUACUAAUCAUGCCUUGAUCCAGCUUGUGGUUCACCUAAUAAAACCUGACGAAGUCCCCAAGGCCUGCUGUGCACCAACCAAACUCAGCCCCAUCUCUGUGCUAUUCUAUGAUGACAACAACAACGUAAUACUCAAGAAACAUCGAAACAUGGUGGUGAAGACUUGCGGCUGCCUAUAAACACGUGCCUCUGUCAUAUUUAGUGGUGCCAGUCUGCCACUGUCCCCUACUGCACUAUUUCUAACAAACAAAAUUAUUGUUUCAAAUGGAUCCAUUUGUUUCUCCUGGUGUAAAAAUAAGCUAUUAAAAAAAGCUGCAACAUCCAGUCAUUGUGGUUGGUUUGUAAUAAUUUAGAAAAUAAUCAGGAGUUCCACUUUAAUGAAUACAGACGUGAUGUAAUGUUAGAGAUUAUGGGUUCCUCAUUCUAACACUAUGUAACCAGUCAUUACCAUCAGAAAGCAUACAGGUAACAGUAAUAUAAGUAUAUUUAAUAGUGUGGAAUAUCUCGGGUGAGUGAGAUGAUCAGUGUGUCUGUGGUGUAUUUUGUAUUGUUGAUGGAAUAAAAUGAGUUUUAUAAUAAUAUAAUGUGCAACUCACAUGGACAGAACAGAGCCAGUAAACUUUUUUUUUUCUUCAAAAAUAUCUUAACUAAUGUCCAAUUAUAAAGUCUAACUGUUCUGAUAUUUUGGACUGUGUGCUAAACUAAACCACAACUUAUUCUUUAUAAGAAGCAGAAGUUAUUCUUUAAAGCAUACUUUGAGAACAAUUCAUGAUUGCGAUGUUUACAGCAUUGUACUUUCUAUUGCCCUCGCUAAUGAUUCCUUCCUUUCCUUGGAUGUCAUCAGUGCCCCACAGAAAAUGUGAAAAAUAUCGUUUUAAAGAAAAAACAAACAAAUCUCUCAUUGUAAAUAAUUAGUAUCAGUGUGUUAACUCUUCAUCAGAGCAUUAAGAGGUUGUGAACAUUGUCUCAGACUGCC